AUGACGGGGGAGCCGAACCCGAAGGCCUUUCCGCUCGCCGACUCGAACCUCACCGUCUCGAUCCUCGACGUGGUGCAGCAGGCUGCCAACUUCAAGCAGCUCAAGAAGGGCGCCAACGAGGCGACCAAGACGCUCAACCGCGGCAUCGCCGAGCUGAUUGCGGCCGACGCCGAGCCGCUUGAGAUCCUGCUGCACCUGCCGCUGCUGUGCGAGGACAAGAAUGUGCCGUAUGUCUUUGUGCCAAACAAGCAGGCGCCGGGCGCUCGGCCGCUCCUGCGGCGUCUCGCGGCCAGUCAUCUCGUGCUCCAUCACGACCAACGAAGGCGCGCGCGCGCGGCUCGAGAGAGCUCGCAGCUCAAGAACCAGAUCCAGCAGCUCAAGGACUCCAUCGAGAAGCUCCUCAUCUGA